CCUCCCCUUCUCCUACGACUUCUUUUCUCGCGUAGUCUCCUUCCUACUGUCGCUGUCAUCCAUUGCUCGCUCGUCUCACUCGCUAUCCUUCCAAAAUCCCGCUUACUAGUUUUCUCUCUGUGCAACGAUCGCCGAUCUUUUGAAGCGAUGGCGGACUGGGCUCCCGUAUUAAUCGGUGUGGUGCUGUUCGUGCUCCUCUCACCGGGACUCCUCUUUCAGCUACCGGGCAACAACCGGCACGUGGAGUUUGGGAGCUUGAAGACGAACGGGAAGGCCGUUGUAGUCCACACGCUAAUAUUUUUCGCCAUUUUCACCAUACUCAUCUUGGCACUCCGCGUCCACAUCUAUACCGGCUGAUCCGGUAAACCCCUCACUAAUGAAAUUAGGGUUAGGGUUUCAGUUUUUCUUUUGUUCCUGUUGUGGGAAAUAUGAUGUGAGGGAGGGAUUUUCCUGCUAUGGUUGUUGUUAUUGUUGUUGCUUUAUGGAAACUUGAAAUCAAGCCAUGGACUAUUAAAUCUUUUUCUUUU